AUGUUUAAGACUAUAACUUUAAUCUUACUUGUCGUUAAAAUUGCGUGUAUCAUAUCGCAGAACUGUUCUCUCAAGAUUUAUGAUACUAUUGAAAAAGGAAGGUCGUCUUUACCUCCAGAUGAAAUCAUAGCAAAUCAUACCGUCAUCUCAAGAUUUGUCUCGAUAGAAUGUCUCGAGCUCUGCCGAAAGGAACCGAAAUGUGUCGGAUUCAACUACAGAGACAAGAUCAAUGUUGUGAACUGUCAACUGACCAACAUCACAAGAAAAAGAAAUCACACCGUAAUGACUGGUGAAGGAGAAUGGAUACUAAUGAACGAUAAAGAAGCAGCAAAUGAGAAAGAAAAGAGGAGACGGGACACUUUGAAUUCAGCUACCAGCUGCGCUUAUCUUUAUAACCAAGGGAUUAGACAAGAUGGAAUUUAUACUAUCCAUCCUGAUGGUAUGGGUUCGUUUCAAGUCAGAUGUGAUAUGAGCACAGACAGAGGCGGCUGGACCGUGUUCCAAAGAAGGCAAGAUGGAAGUCAAGAUUUCUACCUUGGAUGGUCAGAUUAUAAAGCAGGCUUUGGUGAUCUUAACGGAGAGUUCUGGUUGGGCCUUGAUAAAAUACAUCGUUUGUCCAAAUCUGGCCAAAACGUUCUAACAGUUGAUUUGACGAGUUUCAAUGGCGCUAAACGUUACGCUAAAUAUGGAAAGUUUAGUGUGGCUGAUGAAUCAGACAAAUACAGAUUAACUAUUGGUAAUUAUUCAGGUGACGCAGAUAAUUCUCUUGAUUAUCACAAUCAAAUGCAGUUCUCUACCAAGGAUAGUGACAAUGAUGCUAACAGUGGUAAUUGUGCUAGGAAUUUUAAAGGAGCUUGGUGGUACAAAAACUGUUAUCAUUCUAACCUCAAUGGCCUGUACCUGGCUGCAGGUCAGGCUGGUUCCAACGGAAUAAGACUGAAGAUCAAUCUGGUGAACUGCGCAUGCCAACUGACCAACAUCAUUGGAAAGAGAAAUCAUAACGAAAGCACUGGAGAAAGAAAAUGGAUGAGACUGGAGAAUUCAGGUAUUGAUACUAUGAAUGCAGGAGGUUUGACUUUACCUCCAGAUGAAAUUAUAUCAAAUCAUACCGUCAACUCAGGGAUUGUCCCGAUAGAAUGUUACGAGCACUGUCAGAAAGAACCGGGAUGUGUUGGAUUCAACUACAGAGAAAAGAUCAACGUUGUGAACUGCCAACUGACCAACAUCACAGGAAAGACAGAUCACGUCAUAAUGGACGGAGAUGGAGAAUGGAUACUAAUGAACGACGAAAAAGCAGCAAAGAUUGAGGAAGAAAAGAAAAAAAGUGACACUUUGAAUCUAGCUAGCAGUUGUGCCCAUCUGUAUCACCAAGGAGUAAGACAAGAUGGUGUUUAUACUAUCAAUCCUGAUGGUCUGGGUUCGUUUGAGGUCAGAUGUGAUAUGAAUAUAAGCAAAGCCGGAGGUAGAUGGACCGUGUUUCAAAGAAGACAAGGUGGAAGUCAAAAUUUCUAUCGUGGAUGGUCGGACUAUAAAGCUGGCUUUGGUGAUCUUAACGGCGAGUUCUGGUUGGGCCUGGAUAAAAUACAUCGUUUGUCCAAAUCUGGUCAAAAUGUUCUAAGAGUUGAUUUGAUGGAUUUCAAUGGCGCUGAACGUCAUGCUGAAUAUGGAACGUUUAGUGUGGCUGAUGAAUCAGACAAAUACAGAUUAAAUAUUGGAAAUUAUUCAGGUGACGCGGGUAAUUCCCUCGGUUCUCACAAUCAAAUGCAGUUCACUUCCAAGGAUAGCGACAAUGAUGAAAGUAUUCGCAAUUGCUAAUGUGCUAUUACGUGGCGAGGAGCUUGGUGGUACAAAAAAUGCCAUUCAUCCAACCUCAACGGCCUGUACCUUGGUGCAGGUCAAAUUAAUGCCACCGGAAUAAGCUGGUACCAUUGGAAAAAGUCCCACUAUUCAAUGAAAAAGACGGAGAUGAAAAUCCGUCCAUAUCAGUUUUGA